UCACUUGACGUCUAGUCUCUCUGUCCGGGUGCACGCGGAUUGACCACUCCUUUGGGCUGUUUUCUUUUAUCCUUGGAUAUUUUGGGGGGGAAGAGCUAACCCGCAAACAUGACUGACGCCCAACAAGAGGCCCGCUCCUACCUGAGCGAGGAAAUGCUGGCUGAGUUCAAAGCCGCCUUCGACAUGUUCGACACCGACGGUGGCGGUGACAUCAGCACCAAGGAGUUGGGAACCGUGAUGAGGAUGCUGGGCCAGAACCCGACAAGAGAGGAGCUGGAGGAGAUCAUCGAGGAGGUCGAUGAGGACGGUAGCGGUUCCAUCGACUUCGAGGAGUUCUUGGUCAUGAUGGUGAGGCUGCUGAAGGAGGACCAGGCCGGCAAGAGCGAGGAAGAGUUGGCAGAGUGUUUCCGUGUGUUCGACAAGAACGCCGACGGUUACAUCGACAGAGAGGAGUUCGCCCUGAUCAUCCGCAGCACCGGUGAGAACAUCUCAGAGGAUGAGAUCGACGAGCUGCUCAAAGACGGAGACAAGAACAACGACGGCAUGCUGGACUUUGACGAAUUCCUCAAGAUGAUGGAGAAUGUGCAGUAAAACCAGAAAGACUCAUGGACAUUCCUCCUCCUUCUCUUCCUCCCUGUGAAGCCCCCUCCCAAACACACCCACUAAAUCCUCUCCCUCUACACCACACAUGUACACACACCCACACACCGUCCUCCUCCAUCCUGUCCACCUGGUUCACCGCCUCUCUUCUCCAUCCUUGUAGAGAUCCUCAACAGACAGCUCGGGCACCCAGCUGUGGAGGUUGGGGUCGCAGGCUCAGCUACACUCUUCUCCCCAUCAGCACGUUUGUGCGUGCGACACUGUCGAAAGGAAAGACGACAAACGGGGAUUUUUCACUUUGCAGUAAAUGCAUGGCGUUGCGUGUCAUCGGCGACAAAACAACCCCCCGCCCCCUCCCUCCCGGCUCUGCUGGUGAAGCUCUGAUCUAGAUGUAGUCUAGAUAGAA